AUGGCUGUUAAGAGAAUCAAUAAAGAAUUGCAAGAAUUAGAACGAGGUUCAACACCAUUUUGCAGUGCUGGCCCUGUUGGCGAGGAUCUUUAUUAUUGGCAAGCCACGCUUCUGGGGCCUGAUGAUGGCCCAUACGCCGGUGGUGCAUUUACGCUUAACGUUCAAUUUCCAACCGAUUAUCCAUUCAAGCCGCCUAAAGUAACUUUUAUAACUAAAAUUUACCAUCCAAAUAUUAAUAAUAAUGGUGACAUAUGUUUAGAUACUCUAAAAGAUCAAUGGUCUCCUAGUUUAACUAUCAGUAAAGAUGAGCCACUCAUGCCUGAAGUCGCUCAUAUAUAUAAAACUGAUCGUCCACGUUAUGAGGAAACUGCUCGAGAAUGGACUCGCAAACAUGCCAAUAUCACUGUCUGUGGUAUAUGGAAAAGCAGUCAGUCCAUGUAG